UUUAUGGAUCCUGUUUGACAGACUUGAAAGCGUCGCGACCGGCUGCAGUCGCACACCACAAACAUCGUGAAUCAAUUCCCAGUUGUUUGAAAUCAAAAAGUGAAACAGUUUGAAUUUCAUUUUUGGCAUCAAAAUGGCCCCCCUCAGCGAUCAGGAAAUGAAGAAAUGGCGGGCGGUGGCCGGUUUGAACAUCAUUUUCGGCGCAAUCGCCGCAAUUGUCCAGGUGGCCACUUUGGCUACGCUGGGCAACGAGUUGGUCGACUUUUUCGGCAUUGGCAUCUGGGGCGGAUGUUUCAUGAUGUCGGCCGGCACUCUCACCAUCAAAAGAAAUCCCAGGUUGUUUUCCAAUUCUAUUUGCGCUUUGCUGAGUGGACUGGCACUAAUCAUCUUAUACGCCUGGAACCUCGGCGUGUAUAUUAAUCAAGAGGGUUAUUACUACUACUGCAUCUCUUACGGUUAUUACGACACUUACACACAGAUUUGUCAUUGGCGGUUGGCGUCCGACAUCAUCUUCAUCGUUUGCGGGAGCUUGGCCUUGAUUUUCAACCUGCUCUUGACCAUGAACGCAAAGGCGAUCGUCGUAGUCUGGCCGAUCGUCCAAAACCCGGUCAACAACGUCCACGGCAUGACCAACACGACGUACAUGGCGACCAGCAACCAGCACCCAGCCGCCUACCAGCAGACCGUCUACCAGGUGCCGGUCAUGACUUAUCCAUCCAACAACACGAACAACGGCGUCAUCUACCAGACGACGCCCGCUGGCUAUCCGCCCGUGAAUAAUAACCAACAGCAACAGCAACCGGUGUACUACAUUCAAACAAAUCCGCCAGCUUACACCGCCACCGCCAAUAACUAAAUAGAAACGACGAAUCAAAUUGUCUGUGGUUAUGUAUACAAUAUAAUACUUCACUUGUCCUGUAUCACAUUAAAAUAUCCAUUAGAUAAAAUUAAAUGUUGUAAUAAUUUAAUUCGAAAAGUGUGAAUCCCAUUCUUUGAGGCAAAUCAAAAUAAACGGUGUACGAUUUUCAAAAGAAA